CCCGCGAGACUACAAAUCCCGGCAGCCCGCGCGCGGCCCCUCCUAUUGGCUGGCGCAAACAGGAAGCGGUCCGCGAGGUGAAGGGUGAGAGGAGUCUGACAUGGAGGAGGUGAAAAAUGGACAUCCGCCAGAAGAAUUGCUUGAUCACUUAAAGCUUUCUGAUGAGAAGUCAGCAGAGAGCACCAGCUCAUGGGCAUCUGGCCCCAAAGAUGCCCAGAAUCCUCCAAACGUGGAAAGUGGCGAUAUACCAUCUUCAGCCAAAGAUCCCAUCACAGCAGAUGAGUGUUUCCAUGACUGUCGUGACUCCUUUGAGGUGAAAGAGCCUGUACUGGAUGAUGAAGGAAAUUCACAGAAUGAUGAGAAUAACACAAGGAAGCAGGCAGAACUGGAUGAGGAGUACUUAAUAGAACUGGAAAAAGAUAUGCCAGAGGAAGAAAAACAGAAAAGAAGAAAGGAAAGCACAACGCUAAAGGAGAAAGGAAAUGAACAGUUCAAGAAAGGAGAGUACGGAGAGGCAGAAGACUCUUACACAAAGGCUCUGCAAAUUUGUCCAGCCUGCUUCCAAAAAGAUAGGGCUGUUUUGUUUUCAAACAGAGCUGCUGCAAAAAUGAAACAGGACAAGACAGAAGCUGCCCUAAAUGACUGCAGCAAAGCAGUGGAAUUAGAUCCUAACUAUAUUAGAGCUUUGCUGAGAAGAGCAGAACUAUAUGAAAAAACAGAAAAACUAGAUGAAGCUCUGGAAGAUUAUAAAGCAAUCCUAGAAAAAGACCCAUCAGUUCAUCAAGCCAGAGAAGCUUGUAUGCGAUUACCUAGACAAAUUGAAGAGCGGAAUGAAAAGUUAAAGAAAGAAAUGUUAGGCAAACUGAAAGAUCUUGGGAAUUUGGUUCUCCGCCCCUUUGGCCUGUCAACAGAAAAUUUCCAGAUAAAACAGGAUUCAUCAACUGGCUCAUAUUCCAUCAAUUUUGUUCAAAAUCCAAACAACAAUAGAUAACAUGAAUUCAGCUUAGUUCUGCUGGCUUUCAGGCUUCGUGACCAUGUGCUUGCAUGUACCAACACAAGGAUUCAGCAAACAUUCUUCACUCUGUCCAAGUGAAGAUAGACUCAAGCACAUUCAUUUCCCUGCUUAUAAAUUAUUUACAGUGUGGAUGUAAAGAAAGUCAUUUGACUUCUUUUAGUGAUAACUCUGUCCUGUGUGUGAUUCUCCACUUGCAGUAUUUGGCUUGUCCACCAGUCAGGUACAUUAUUUGGGCCCAUUCAGUGCUGGCAAGAAAAUUCUAGCAAACAGUUCAGUUGAAUCAAAAUGCCCGUGCACCUGUGGCCAAGAACAAAGCCAGAUGGUGUCUUGGGGAAUUAAUGAAUCUAGCAGAAGCACUUCUCCACAUUUGGGAGGUGGAUGUGACUGACAGCAUGCAUGGAAGCAAGCCGACCUCCUCUGUGGAAUAAUUUUUCUUGGUAAUAAAGGCUUAGUAUUUCUGUUGGAUUGAAUGUGAAGUUUUUGCCUUGUGUGAAUCCUUUCCAUGGUGGCAGUGUUGUGCAAAAUUCUGACAUCUACCCACAGAUAACAUACUGACAAGACAGUAAUUUUGAUGCACUUGAGGUGGUUUUUCUUCUUGCUUAUGGCAACAUCAGUCCGUUAUCCUCAGGCUACCCUUUGUUUAGUUUUUAUUUAUUCUCAUUUUUUAUUUAUUUUCUUUUGAAAAUGCUACAGAAGCUGUGUGAUGUUACGUGUACACCUUGGAAAGGUCAUAUAAAGUUAGGGAAAUCUGCUUCUCUGAGACUUGUUCAUGUUACAGAUCCCCAUCAUGGCCAACAAUUGACAUUAAAAUUGAUCACGAAAGUUUCUUGUGAUGUAACAGGCUUUGAGGAUGCUGAAGCAUUAAUUUAUAGAGAGCUAUAAAAAAAAAAAAAAGUCGUUUUCAAGUAGUUCAUCCAGAUUUUGGAGAAUGAAUAUCUUUUGUAAUUGCUGCAUAUUGUUGUGGAAAUGUUUACGUUGGAGGCAGACUUCUUCAGUUGUCUCCACGCAGAUUUCAAAACAUGAUUUAAUUAAAUAAUGACUGGUAGCUCUCUGUUGGCUAUUAGUUGUCAUCUUAAAUUUAUUUCAAGAAAUCUUUUUGUGUGUACUUAAAGACUGAAACUGUACUUGCUGCAUGUUUGGAGCUCAAGCUUUACAGUGAUGUGCCUGAAGGGAAUACUCUCAAGCUAAGCUUUCUUGGUGCUUUCUUUUUCUUCCAUUUUACCAGUGCAGACUUAAAGGUGUAGCGGUUGGGGUUUGUUGUUUGUUUUUUGAUUGUUGUUUCACUCUGUCCUGGUGCAUUUUUAGUUUUGACUUUGUGGUUAACUGUCUAUAAAUUAUUUCAUGUCUGCAGUGAGGUUGUGUUACAUUUAUGAGAAUUAAAAUGUCAUUGCCAAGAGAGAAACCAAAUUCACAGUAAGGACUGUGCUGCCUUUAACAUCUUCUGUGUAAUUAAAAUGUCUCUUAACUAAG